CCCAGCCAGGAAAGGCUUUUCUAAUGAGAGCUUGGUGUGACAUCUGAUGCCUUUUACAAAGAAAGGAGGGAACUCCUCUAAGCAGAGGGAAUCAGGCGUGCAAAGGCUGGAUGGCAGGAGGAAGCACAGCAUGCGUUGGAAUUGGAGCCUAUCCCCCAACCCGAAGCCUAACAGCAUCAUGUGGUUACUAACUGUUCCUCAUUCACCGGUUGAUGCCUCCCAGAAAAAAACGCCGCCAGCCCUCCCAGAAAGCCCCGCUGCUGUUCCGCCAACAACCACUGGAGGGCCCCAAACACAGCUGUGCAUCUACACAACUUCCUAUCACUCACACUCGACAGGUGCCCAGCAAGCCCAUUGACCACAGCACCAUCACUUCCUGGGUAUCACCUGAUUUUGAUACAACAGCAGGAAGCUUGUUCCCAGCCUACCAGAAACACUACCACCAAAACCGGGGGAGACAUUCAAGUCGAAAAUCUACCACCUCCAAGUUUCCACAUCUAACUUUUGAGAGUCCGCAAUUUUCCAGUUCAGAGACAUUGGCGAUCCCCUUAAUCCGAGAGUGCCCCAGUCAAUCAGAAAAGGAUGUUUCCAGAAGACCCUUAGUUCCAGUGCUCAGUCCCCAAAGCUGUGGGAACAUAUCAGCGCAGGCACUUCAGAGCUUACCUUAUGUGUUCAUUCCACCUGAUAUCCAGACCCCAGAGUCAUCGUCUGUGAAGGAAGAACUCAUUCCCCAAGAUCAGAAGGAAAACAGCCUUCUAAGCUGCUCUCUUCACACUGGCACUCCUAAUAGCCCAGAGCCUGGACCUGUUCUGGUUAAAGACACCCCCGAGGACAAGUAUGGAAUAAAGGUCACGUGGAGGAGACGACAGCACCUGCUUGCUUACCUCAGGGAGAGAGGGAAGCUGAGCAGAAGCCAAUUCCUUGUGAAAAGCUGACUGCCAUCAGUAAUCUCAAUAGAAAAGAGAUAUGUUUUCCGGAGUCAUAAAGGAAUUCAAUUCCCAGGG